GAAGGAUGCCAGGAAGUUGCCAUGGGAGGAUCGAUUGUUACACAAGAACUUGAAAGUUCGUAAAGAUGCCAACAUUGACUUAACCAACCUCUGCGACUCCAUCACCAAUCCUAAAGAUCCUCGCAUCCGUGAAUUGGUUUUGAUGUUACUGAUGUUGAGCAAAGUAGUGAAGUCUCACAAUCCAUGCCUGGAUUAGUUUUUAGCAGGGAAAAUUAUGCUCCUUUAGAGCCUCAUAUGGAAAGGCAUCCACUCGUGCCACCAUUUGGAGGUGUAAUUAAUGAAGCUUUAGAUAUCAUUACAUAUGGUUCUCCUGAUCAGCGAGAGGCUCCAGCAAAGGGAUUGAGACCAAAGGCUUUAAUGUCUGUUCAAAAUGUUAACAUCCAGUCACAAGCUUUGCUAAAUGUCAAGGACUCUAAUAAGGAUGAAAGACAGAGAAUUGUGUAUUGUAGGUUUAAAUUUGAAGAGUUGCAGUUGGAGCAGAUUAAGGAUCUUGAGGUUGCUAUAUAUUUAUAAUGACAUUGUUUUGGUUGUCUUUGAGAAAUUUAAAAAAGUAAUUAAAUGUCUUAAAACAUAAUGAUAUGAAGAAGUACUAUAAUACAUGCCUACAUCGAUCUUAAUCUUCAGGUAUGUACCUAUUCUAUUCUCUCUUUAAUGCAUCUUAAUUAGUAAACACUUGCGUGUAUUAAUUCUUUUCUUUUUAAAAACUGUUAAGACAUUGGGUACUGCCAGAAUAUUGACUGCAGUUGGCCCGGUUGGUCAAACAAAUUGGGGUGAUUCAAGAGGUCCAAUGUUGAUUCCAUCACAAGUUGAUGGCCAAUGGAAUGACAGAUUCAUGUUGUAUACUGAUUAAUUUAGAACGAAAAGAUUGUAUUAAGAGCUGAUUAAACUGUUGACUAGUAACAUGAAUUCGAAAGGGAAAUUUUUUUUGUUGUUGGGAUAAAA